GUUACUUCUCUUUUUACCUAACAAUCCCCCAACCUACCGAUAUACCUAAUACAAGAUAAAUCAUUCCUCUUUUACACUAUCGUGCACAAUCGAUUCUAUUAUUCUGUCCCUUGAGUCGCGAGUCGCAAGUCGCGACUCACCUACCACCAUGGAUGAUCCUUGGGGAAGAAAGCAGUCGGACUCAACAGUCCAAACCGUUGACGAGACUGCCUUGGAAUACUAUAGAGAAGACUCAGUAUUAAAGCCUGUCUCUGCCCGUGUCCACACCGAUGACUGGCCCUGUUUUCUACUUACAAAUGCCACAAUAUUCCAUAAGGAUGGCACCUUGGCGAACCUGCUGCAUGUUGAUUUGGAAGGUCCGUUGAUUGUUCGUGGAAAGCUUGAAAUCGAGAAGGAUCAAGAAAGAUUCCUUAUCAAUCGCCACAUGAAGGACCGUUCACCAUAUAUCCAACUUCAGGACACAUUAUCCUUCUCAAUCGGCCUUAAAGAAGAUAGGCCUCCCAUGCCGGUGCUGUGGGCUAGUGGCGGAGCAGGUUGGUAUGAGAUUGUCCCGUCUGAUACAUAUAAGGACAUAUGCAACACUAUGUUUCAGGGCAUUUCUCUUCACUAUGCAAUACUAGAUCAGUACGAAGUUGCACUGGAGAAGCUUCGAAAGACAAAGAAGAGCAAGUAUAAGACACUUAGUGACGUCAAGUUGAACUUGAACGACGUUCUCGUUAAGUAUGCAGUAAACGUCGGCGAUGGUAUCACGUUUGCCGAGGCCUUGCAACAGGUCAAGGAUCAAGCUAUUUUCUUACUUUGUCAUUUUCCUAAGAACACUGAAUUUUAUCGCACUGUGGCGGGAGCACAUCCAGAUAUUGUGCAACAACUUGCCACGAAGGAGACCACGGAUGCGAAGUCAGCUACAAGUUCAACACAAAGCGUUCUAGUCGCAGUUCCGUAUCGAGAUCAAGAGAAGCCUGGUUCUCUCGGAGUCACCAACAGUAAGAAAAGUGGUAGGCCUUCACUGCGAAAUUCUGCCUCAAGAUCUCUACAAGAUAGCGAGGCUAUCGAACUUCAAGUGGCUGAGACAAUAGAGGCUUCGCGACGUCUAUCAGUCGAGCCUACCAAACUCAAACGGGAGCUACCUGUGAAUAUCAUCUCUGAGCCUGCAGAUAGUUCUGAUCCUGAUCUGAUUGUGGUUGGUUUCCGCACCAAAUAUAACCGGCCAAGACAAUAUCACAACGUGGACGAGCAACUUGAUCCGUUUGGAGAACCCAUUGCCUCGGAAACCUAUACAUCUCGCGCAUCCUCACAUAGAGACGGAAACCCCAGCACAAGUUCCCAUUCAGGAAUUAGUCCAUCCCUAUCUGCCAUCAUUGGAGUCUUGCAAGAUUACCGGGAGGACCUACUCUCACACCCAAGUGAUAGGACAAAGCACCCCAAUGAGGUGACUGCUAGCACCUGGCACAACAAACUUUAUCGUGGAUUAAGUGUUAAAAAACCUCGUGCUCUGGCCCAGGUCUGCAUCUACUACGCCCGGGAUCUUUUGCGUUUACUCGGACCAGAGUGGCACUCCACCAAAUUGUACACGUGGCUAAAGGAAAACGUUGAUGUAGCACCUAGCUUUGAGGACUUGUCUGAAGAGCAGAUGAGAAAUCUUGUCAGACGCAAGAAGAAAAAUCAACUUCCCCAGAACCAUCAACCUUAUUACGAGGAUCAACCUUACGAGGAGGACCCACCUUACGAGGAGGACCCACCUUACGAGGAGGACCCACCUUACGAGGAGGACCAAAAUUACGAGGAGGAACAACCUGACGAGGAGGAACAACCUGACGAGGAACAACAUUACGCAAAUCAAUAUUCUGUUCCAAACCGACCAUCCCGCGCAACUUUAUCUCGCGCAACUCCAUCUCGCGCAACUCCAUCUCGCGCAACUCCAUCUUCUUACUCAAGUCAUACUUCUUACGCAACUCGUCCUUCUUACUUGAAUCAACCUUCCUACGAGCUCCCAGCCGCCAUGGAAUAUCAGGAAGAGGAGGUCCAAGGACAGUCGUCCCACAAUAGAGCUCGCACCGGCGGUAAGGUAGCAGGUCUGCGUCCUUCUAUUGGCGGUAAGAAACGACCUCUACAAGACUUUGACCUUGGCGACGAAAUGGAGCUAGACGAGGACGGACUGCAGAAGAAUGCAUUUAAGAAGUCACGCUAUUCUUUUGCCGACAACGACCACGACGAGGAAGUUGAGGCGACCACUUCAUCAGGCAACGAAUAUAACGCAGAAGAUGAGGAUGCCAUGGCAACUGGUACAGCCGAACAUUCAACCAAGCCUCCGAAGCCCAAUAGCAAUGGUGUGGAGGAAGCAUGGGUUUGCGAAGAAGCCGGUUGCGACUUUGUUGUUCACGCCACCAACCACGACGAUGCUGAAGCCCUUAUCAUGCCCCACUAUGAGUUGCACCAUAAGGAUGCUCGAACCAAGAAAUACGCAUCGAAGAAGAAUUAUCUUCAGAACAUAGUUCGCGAGGAGUCUCUCAUAACAGGUGGUCUCCCUGUUGGCUUUUUACUUAAGAAGAUCGGCCGAUAUACUGCACAACUUGAGAGCCUCGACGAGGAGGAAUGCAAGAAGAAACUAGAGGAAGAACGUCAAAGUCGCUUGUCAAAGCCUCAAGGACAGAAGUCACAACUUGAAGGUCAGGCAGCACAGCUUCAAGGCCAGGAGAAGCAACUUCAAAGCCAGGAGAUGAUGGAAUUGGAUGACGAGGCGGUGCCGGAGCCUAAGGAACGCGACACCCUACAAUAGGUUCAUCCUCUUGCAUAAGCAUAACGACACAACAGUUCUUUAUUUUUUGCGUUUGAGGU